CUGUUUCGGGCGUUGGGUGACCAGCUGGAGGGGCACUCCAGGAACCACCUCAGGCACCGCCAGGAGACGGUGGAGUACAUGCUGCAGCGGAGGGAGGAUUUCGAGCCCUUCGUGGAGGAUGACGUGCCCUUCGAGAAGCACGUUACCAAUCUGGCAAAGCCUGGUACCUUUGCUGGCAACGAUGCUAUUGUGGCCUUUGCAAGGAAUAAUCAGCUGAACGUGGUUAUUCAUCAGCUUAAUGCUCCACUGUGGCAGAUCCGUGGCACAGAGAAGGCCCCUGGGAGGGAGCUGCACGUGGCCUAUCGGCACGGCGAGCACUACGACAGCGUGCGGCGGCUCAGCGACGACGCCGAGGCCCCGGCCUGCCUCCAGAUGGAGAUGCUCUGCAGAAAUGAUCUGAAUAAGAAGGAAGUAAAGCCUCAGAAAGGUGGCUCUGAAAAUGAGGCUGAAGUUGAAAUGGAAGAGGCAAUCCAAAAAGUGUGUCAGGCAACAGGGUGUUCAGAUGUUGAUUUAGUAAGCCAGAUUCUGGAAGUGGAAAACUACAACAUAGACUCUGCAAUAUUUGCCAUCUUCCAAAUGAAUGAAGUGGAAAGAAUCAGUGCUGAGGAGCAGCUUGAGCCCCAGAGCAAAGAUGAAGAGUCGUGUAGCAGAGCUGUGCAGGAGGAAAAGGGCAGCAGGUCAAGGUCCUUUGGAAACCAGAGCUUGCAUCAAGGUGAAGAAGAAACCAGCAAAGGACAGGCUGGAUCUGGUGAAGAGAAUCGAGCUAGAAGGAACCCAAAG